GCCGGUGGUUCGGCUCGGAGGGAGGGAGAUUGUAAGAAUCACAGAAAACGGGCGUCCUCCGGGGUAACCUCGUAAGGGGAACCCAUUUUGGGCGGUUCGAAAGCAACGAGGAAGAAUUACGCUGCAAUUUCAAGUGACGACCAGCCUUUGAGGUCCUGCUUUGGGCGAAGGGCGCGCGGCAAAUCCCGAGGAGGCGCUCCAUCCGAUUCAUCUUGCUCUUGACCUUCAUGACGCCGUUUCUACGUGCCCUCUUCGCGCUAGUCCAAUUCCCCCAAAGCUCCACUACGCAAGGAUUUGACGGGCUUGCGGUGGGCUGUGUCAUCAGCAGUAUCCCCCCUCGAUCCCUGUCCUGCGCCGUCCUUAGCACGUCAAGUUCCCUUGACUCACUGCCCUGGACGCAGGCCGUUCACAUCGCUCCUACAAUGACUGCAGCUUCUCUCUAUUCCCCGUUCGCGAUGCGGUCGUUUGAUAUCUGCGAUGCCCCGCAUCGACGGUUGCGUCUGUCAUUGACAGCUAUUCUUCAUCGUACCCGUGGGGUCGCUGAUCUUGCCUGCGAUGUACGUGAGAGAACAGGGAAUUCUGCAGACAGCAUCUCGCUGAAGGCCUUUUGAUUGUGAUAUGUGCGGCACAUAUUUAAACAGAAUUAGAAUGUGUCCAGGCAGCCUCCAAGUCCGGUCUGCGAUAUCUUUUGCGUUCCUCGAGACGUGAGUCUCAUCUUGCGCGACCGUUUGCUCUGGUGAGC